CAAUAGCGUGCUUCGGCUGAAAAUCAGCCACUGGAAAAGGAAGCGGUUGAAGUGAUAGACUGCAAAUAAUUAAGUCAUCACUAUUCUGUUUUGGGACCUUGUGUUCAACAAUCGUAAGACGCACUGUUCCAGCACCAGAGGAUACGGACACAAGCAGUUGAGCAAAGUGAAAGGUGAUCGUAGGAACUAAGUUAGAUGAGCGACUAAAAGAUGUCGUGGCACACGGAACUGUUGCUAAGUCUGGUUUUGUUGUCAUCCGUUCCAUCCGAGGCCAAAAAUGUGUUGCUUCUAUUGGCUGAUGAUGGCGGCUUCGAGAUGGGCGCUUAUCGGAACCGAAUCGUGCAAACUCCUUUCUUGGAUGCAUUGGCGAAAGAGAGUCUCAUCUUCAACAACGCGUAUGCUUCGGUAAGCAGCUGCUCGCCGUCACGCGCCUCAAUACUGACGGGCAUGCCGGAGCACCAAAAUGGCCAGUACGGACUGCACAAUGGGGUGCACAAUUUCAACUCCCUGCCGAAGGUACACAGCAUUUCAUCGGUGCUCGGAAAGGCCGGCAUACGAACGGGUUUGAUCGGAAAAAAACAUGUCGGACCGGAUGAAACGUACAAGUUUGACUACGAGCGCACCGAGGAACAGUACCCGAUCAAUCAGGUCGGACGUAACAUUACGCAGAUAAAGCUCUUCGUUAGAGAAUUUCUGCAUCAAACCAAGUCAACCAGCAACGAGCCAUUCUUCCUGAUGGUAUCGUUUCACGAUCCACAUCGAUGCGGUCAUGUAACGCCCCAGUAUGGUAGCUUCUGUGAGCGAUGGGGCUCGGGAGAAGAAGGAAUGGGCUUGAUUCCGGACUGGCAUCCGAUCUACUACGUGUGGGAUGAGAUCGAUCUACCGUACUACGUGCCAGACACGCAACCAGCUCGAUACGAUCUAGCUGCACAGUACACAACCAUCUCACGGCUUGAUCAGGGUGUUGGUUUGGUACUGAAAGAGCUGCGCGAUGCAGGCCUUGAGGACGACACGCUGGUCGUGUACACCUCCGACAAUGGACCGCCUAUGCCCGCGGCAAGAACCAAUCUGUACGAUCCAGGCAUGGCGGAACCAAUGUUCAUACGAUCACCAGAGAAGGGCGUUCGCCGCAACGAAGUGACGUACUCGAUGACAAGCCAUCUUGAUCUCGUCCCGACGAUCCUCGAGUGGUUUAACCUCACCCAUCCGCAGCCGACCACACUAACCGGGCGGAGUUUACUGCCGCUCCUGUUCCAAGAGCCAUCUAAUCAACCGGAUGAUGCUGUGUUUGCGAGUCAGAGCUUCCACGAGAUCACCAUGGCCUACCCGAUGAGAGCGAUACGGACGAAGCGCUACAAGCUGAUUCACAAUCUUAACUAUCAGCUACCGUUUCCGAUUGAUCAGGAUUUCUACGUGUCCCCCACGUUCCAAGACAUUCUCAAUCGCACACUCGCAAAUCAACCAGUUCCGUGGUACAAAACGCUUCGUACGUACUAUCACCGCCCCGAGUGGGAGUUGUACGAUCUGAAGAUGGAUCCGACCGAGUCGAGAAAUCUGUUCGGGAAGAGCAGCAUGAAGGACACAUUCCAGCAGUUGAGUGAACGUUUGCAGAAGUGGCUGGAAGUAACAAAGGAUCCGUUCCGCUGCGCUCCGGACGGUGUUCUACAGGACACCGGGGAAUACCUCAACAUUCCAACUUGUCUACCAUUAGGACAUUAGCAUGAAUAAGAAUUGCCGUAGUGGGUAGGAAAACGGUGCUAUUGCCGGUAAAAUUAUGCUGUCCUCAUACUCCCCAACCUAAUUAAUUUCUAUAUGCGCUGGUGCGUUGUUGUUUAAACGUUCAAUUCAAACGUAACCGCUUUUUGGCUCCGUGCAGACUUGCAUACGUAACAACGUACCUAAUUUAACAACAUGUGUUUAAUAUUAUUGGUAAAUGAACAAAAAUACUCUUAUACAAACAAAAAAUAAGAAAGUC